AUGGGUUUCGCGCACAACAACGUACUUCACUCCAACCAUUUCCGCAAAGACUGGCAGCGCCGGGUACGCACCUGGUUCGAUCAGCCCGGUCGCAAACUCCGCAGACGCAAUGCCCGCAAGGUCAAGGCUGCCGCCCUUGGUGUCCGCCCACUCACUCUCCUCCGCCCCGCCGUUCGUGCCCAGACCGUCCGCUACAACCGUAAGGUCCGCGAGGGCCGCGGUUUCACCCUUGCUGAGCUGAAGGAGGUUGGUAUCAACCGCAAAGAAGCACUUGGUGUUGGUAUCGUCGUUGACCACAGGAGGAGGAACUUGAGCGAGGAGGGGAAGAAACUGAAUGUCGAGCGGUUGAAGGCCUAUAAAGCCAAGCUGAUCGUUUUCCCUCGGAAUGCUAAGAAGCCCAAGAAGGGUGACUCGACUGGUGCCGAUCUCGAGGCUGAGAUCACACGCACGCACCUUCCUCUUCCUGCACCUUACGUUCACGAAGCACCCCGUAAAAUCACAGACAACGAACGAUCAUUUGAGGCUUUCAAGACCCUCCGCGUUGCACGAGCUGAUGCUCGGUAUGAGGGUGUACGCAAAAUCCGGGCUGCCAAGAAGGAGGAGGAGGAGGCAAACAAGAAGAAGUAG